AUGUCGCCGACCCACCAUCUCCAGCCUACACUCUUUGACGAUGAGCAGGAUAUAUUCUCACAGCCAGAAGACUCCAGCCACGCUACCACCACCUCACCAACACCUGCGGACGAAUUUCCUCACCGAACAGUGCGGCCUCAUGAACUACACGCGCACUCGCCGCCAUCAUCCUCGUCUUCGCCGGGGAGUUUAUUGUCACCAGUUGGCCCACAGGAGUCGAUAGACGACCCAUCCUCCAGCUACCUGCCCGCCGACCGACGGGAGACCUUGCGACGCCUGUCACUUGCCACGAAUGAUUUAGGCGGAGCCGACUCAUAUCGACCGCGGAACAGCCCUACAAGGCCCAGAAGAGCCAGCACAACACGGAUCCAGCCCCGUGAUGAGAAGCAUGCUCGUGAGCUAGAGCUCAACCGGAAAGCCGCCACAAAGUGCCGCAACCGACAGAAGGCUUUUGUAGAAAAUCUGCAAGAACGCUACCGGAAAGAGGAACGGAGGAUGCACUUCCAGACAUCUCUCGUCCAUGCCUUGCAUGAUGAGGUUGUUGCUCUGAGGAACGAAGUCAUGCGACAGAGCUUCUGCAGUUGCCGCUAUAUCCAACAAGCCGUCAGCCCAACUGUUCCAUGA